CUAUGGAGCAGCUCGAGACUUGUGGAUGGAGGAACAGCAAUUGCCAAAGCCUGGGUAAUUUAGAGCCUUGCUCGGACGUGGGGAGCCUGAACUGAUUGACACACUGAUAAUUAUUUACCCAAAUUCCACCUCUACUGCUAACUCAGAACACCUCUGAUCCGAGUGUGGUAUAUAGCCAGUUCUCACAUGGAAUGUGCAGGAAACAGAGAGAGAGAGAGAGAGAGAGAAAGACAGCGGCAGCACUAUCAGCUUUGCUUCUGCAUUAUUUGCUAGCAGUGCUGCAGCUCAGAUUGUAAAUAUACUAAAGCUGAUCCUUGGUUUGCAUGGUACAGUAUCUUUGAACAAAGCUCCACCAAGAUUUCUCCUCCCAACACUUCACCAGGACGAGGAGUUAUGAAUUGACUGGAUUAUCUUGUGCGCAGAGAAAACAAGAGAUGGAGAGGGGAGGAGGGGUGACUGAGGGAUUAGUCUUGCUAAAGCUUUUAGCUGGUUUCAUCGGGGUAUUAACUUCAGGGGUCUCCUCAUGAGAAGAGCUGAAAAUGGAACACCGUGCUCACUUUCAGCGUAUGUCACAGAUAUCGUACGGCACGGGGGAACUGGCAGAAGCAAGUGUGAUUUUCCACUGCCAACUGUCCAAUGCGUUCUCAAGUGUCCUGGUGGGUUUUUUUAGGGCACACAUCCAAAUUUGAGUCACUGAGAAUUGUAUCUGCAACCUCCUCCCGGUAUACAACUGAAAUCAAAUAUAUUCCAAUAAACGUCGCUUGACAACCAGGCUUCACUUUAAUCGGACGGCAGUGAUCUCUCUCUCCCUGAUUUACAGCUGUUUGGGCUCUGCUCGCUGAAUGAGAAAAGAUUCUCCGUGAUGGAAGCUGAUCUCAGAGGAGCCAGUUCGAACUCAUCACCACAGGAAAGGGGGUCCAUCCAAGGCAGUUGUCACACGAGCUGUUGUGGCUUCUCUCAUUGCGCUGACCAACCGCCUCCAGAAUCCUAAGAAAGUCCCACUCUCAUUUGCGGUUGAACAUACAGAAGCCCCUUUGGCUGCUAUAUUUUCCCACUGUAGGUAUGUGACGACAUGCUGAUAACCCUCUAAGUAGCUUCAGCAUCAUUUUACAAUGGGGGGACGUCUGGAAUCACAAAGCAAAAGCUUGUACUGUAUGAAAUGAUUCCCAGAUGUUAACGUCUUUGCACCUGCUUUCUGAUGUGUACUUUCAAUUUUGACCAAAAGCUUUUUCUCACCCCUCUUUCUGUCUGUCAAUUCACUCAACUUCAACGUGAGCAGAACUAAUGGUGUUGAUAAAGCUAAAAUCUGCAUUCUGCAGUUGUCGUUCCUUCAGACUAAUAAGUGUAAUAGACAACUAUAUCAAGGGAAAAAGUAGUUGCCCAUUGACCUUACGGUCCUGGAUCAGUCUGAGUUACACUGACAUUAUCAGAUUCGGCAGGGGAAAUAUUUCCACUCAUCAUUUUUUUCCCACAUGUAUGGUCACAACCUUUUGCCUUUUUGCUGAGCACUGCAAUGGGUCGUAAGGAAAGCAAUUAUCUGGAGCCUUUGAGAUGUAACAGUGCUCCACUGCAGAACCCAAAGGCACGUUCCCUUGCACUCAAGCAAGAAGGUCAAGAUCCUGCUGAUUUCAUUGGGCAGGUCCAGCAACGCAAGAGUAAAGUUCAACAGGUGCACUUCAAAGAGGAAUGCAUGUCUAACAUGAGAGAAAGGACUGAAGGGAAACCUGCACUUAAAGGGAAAGCACAAACCUCCAGGCCUCGAGGACUAGCCAACUGCUCAUUGGCGAUUACGAAGCCACAGGGGGUCCUCAAAAGCAUUGCGAUUCAGACAUCACCGAGUCUGAGAAAGCAUCUUCCAAAUUUCAAGGGGAAACUGAAGACCACCACGAGAUUGACCAAGGGGUCAGUGUCAAUGGAUUCAGUGAAAGCUACUGGGGUUAAUCUCACAAGCAAUGGCCUGGCUUUGGAAGCCAAGGACACUGCAACACAGUCUAAACUGACAGAGUCAGGCCAAGCCCAAGAGAAAGGAACUGAAAGAUCCACAAGAGCAUCACCCCAGUCGAGUGCAUAUAGUUCAGUCAAGAGGAAAUCUUUGUCACAAGCAUCAAAUCGUGACCUACAAGACACACUGCAGGAAGUAGCAGCCUCAUGCUACUGUCUGGAUACAUCCACGGGUGCGCACAAUUCUGAGAACUCAAUGGUCUCGGGAACCCCAUCAGAUCUCAGUCAUCCCUGUUCCAAAGUUGGUGCCUCCCCACCUGAAAAUAUCCAUAGCGGGAGUCGUGCACACCCAAACUGUUCUACUGUGCACACGUUUGAGCUGACAUCCACACCAUCUACUGCAACUGAGACCAGAGGCUCAUGUCAUUGCAAAAAGGAAGUUUGGCUAGACUGCUCAGAGCUUCCUCCCAUCUGUGUUGGCAAAAAUGAUCAAGUGGGCACGGAUGUUUCCAAAUCCCUGUUGUGUUCACUAAGUGAUGUCAAGGCAGGCCUCAUGGGCACCGAAAGCUCUUCAAAACCCAUUCGCAAUCAUACAGCUUCCUGUAACAUGGAAAUAAAACCUCAAACUAGCAAAAGGAUUAAGGAAAUUAAUCAAAUCCAUCUGACACAGAGGGACCUAUGUGAUCUCCAAGGCAGAAUGCAGUUUAUAGAGGAUACCUUACAGUCAAACGAACACAAGAUUAAAGUCCUUUUGAAUGUAAUUCAGGACAUGGAGAAAACCAAAGCACUCAAUGAAGGGAGGAACUUCUAUCGGACUGGCCAGGACCUCAGUAACUGCAGCAUGUGUCAGAACACUGCCUGUAUCAUCUACAGUGUAGAAUAUGACUUUAGACAACAGGAAGGCAGAUUCCAUCAAGUGCUACGAGCCCUGGAAAGCGAAGAUGAAAGUUCACACCAGCCGCAUUUGCCCAGAGGGAACACAGAUACACAGACUAGUCAGAAACAAGAGCUGAAGAGUAAAACACGCAAGCCUAAGAAAGCCUGCUUUUGGUGUUUGUGAGUGAUUGCUGUCAAGAUUGUUGCCGUGAAAUGAGUUUUUAUUUUGUCCCUUGCAACUUUUGUAAAUUAACGUGCAUUGAGGGGCACCUUGUACUUUUUGGGGCAAGCUGCGAUCAGUUGCAGCAUGUGAACCAAGUAACGCAGUUGCCAUGGCUACGAGCGAAGAAAGAGGCAAGACGCGAAGAGUGGAGAGGUGAGAAAAUUUGCAAAGAGACCAGUUCUACUGAUGCACCAUCAUAUAACUGUGCAGUGAAGUGACACCUCCCUAGUGUAGGUGACCUAUAACGCCCAGCAGAUUAUGCCAAUCAGUACAAGCUGAUAGAUCGCAGUAGAACUACAUUUGGUAAAUGCAGCACUCUGUCUAAUAAUUAUUUUUGAUUAACUAACAGAAUAAAACAUAGCAAUAAUGAAUGUUGUGGAGCAUUUAAGCUUCCAAGUCAGCUGGUGAAAUCAAUUCAGUCUAAUAAUAAGGACUGCAGCCUCAUUCAUUAUUGACAUUUGCGCAGAGGGUAAUGUUUGUAUUCCCAUGUUUUCAAAUGGUCAUUCUCUUACUGCUUCUAAAUGGCAUAUUUAACAUUGCAAUUUUCCACUCUCCAUGUAUAAGCGGCACCCCCUUUGUAUAUAAAAGAAAAUCUCCUCUUGGGAAACUGUGAGAUGAAACCCGAGAGUGCUGCAAAACUACAGAAUUACUGGUUAAUGUUCCACGGCAAUCUGCUUGAGUCCACCCAUAACCUUAAACGCUCUUUUUGUCCCAGGCAUAAUUUUCUCCAGCCUGUUCUAUUUUAACCUAGAAUUUACAGCACAGAAACAACCCAUUUGGCCUAACAGGUUUUUUGUUUAUGUUCCACAUGGGCUUCCUCCCACCUCACUUCAUGUUGCCAUAUUGUUCUAUUCCUUUCUCCCUUAGUGUAGUUUUGUGGUAGUGAGUUCCAUAUUAUAUCAGUCAUAUUUGUUCAUAAGUCAAAAACAGAAUUUGAUAUAACCUAAAUGCGCAUGAAGGUGUGACAAAUGCAGGGAAAUACCAGGACUGGUUGAUAUGUUGUAAGCUAGAAACAGCUGCUAAUGAUAAUUGUAUAUUUGUAUAACAAUCCGUGUAACAGAGGCACUGAUCCAUCUAAAAUAAAUGGCUUAAUGGCUGCAUUAAGAUAGACAGAGAAAUAUGUCACAAGAACACCUUAAAUGUUUGUCCCAUACUAUCACUAACAAGCAUUCAGGGGCUAAUGUGCGGCCCCACAUAAAUCCCAAGGUCACAGUUCUGCAAAAUUACGAAGUGCACAACAAAAAAUCCUCAAAGAUUGAUAAAUGGAGAAGCACAAUCCAAAAUGCUCCUCUCGUCUCUCCACACAUUGAAGUCCUACGUAUGUGGUUUUAUUCUGGUUAAUCUGCUCCAGACAUUGAUAUUUUCCCUAAUGUGUGGACACAAACUCCAAUUGUGGCCUAGCCAGUGGUUUAUAAAGGUUUAAAUUGUGAUGAACAGUCUUAACUGAAUAUUUCUGUAGAACAAACUCUCAAUUUGCAAUUUACUAAAAAAAAAAUUGGAAUUGUGCCAUUAAUUUUAUACUCUUCAUGAUAAGCAGUAUCAGCACAGUAAAACAUUCCAGAAAUCCAUGGCUUCUAAUUCAGAUGCUGGAAGAGCUACUGUGUGGUUCCUGCAUUUUCUGUUCUUAUUUUGGUUUCUCAGUGCUUGCAGUUUUUCCUUUUAUCUCUUCUCAUUUCAGUGCAGGUUCCAGGAAGUUCCAGCCAUGUAUAAUAGUAUUAAAGCUGUUUCUGAUACCAGUCAUAUUUUGUGUAAUAUUAGUGUUAAGUUCAGCAUUGUACUAUGUGAAUUGAAAAUAAUUGGAAGGUGACAUGGGUUAAUCCUGGAAGGCAGAGAUUUACUUAAGCCUACUAUUAUCUACAAUUACCAUUGAGAACCACAGGUGAACAGUGAGGCCAUAGUGUAAGACUAUACCAACACUUAAGAAGGCAAGGAGGAAGAUGGGGUAACUCAGGAAGUGGCAUGAAGAUGAUGACUCUAUGAGUUUUUGAAGUCCGGAUAUCAUAGGAGGAAGUGGAGACUGAGGGAAAUAAGUGAGAUUGCGAGGAGGAGAAAGAGCUUGUUACCCAUUAUAUUUGAGCUUAGGAAGUACAAUGGAAGAGGCACACAGGCCAUAAUAUUUAUUGUAAUGGGGGCAGUCAAGAAAGGUUGAGAUAAAAGGGGAGAGAAUUUUGCUGAUAGGCAUUUGGUUGUAUCUAGCCCAAGAGUGUGAGAUGAGGCUUAGAGGGGGCACUGUAGAUAGGGAGUGGUCCUGGACUGCAGAGCUUUGUGAAGAGUCAGGAGUUACAAAGUUAAAAAAUAAGUCUUUUAAUAUGAGUUCCUAUUAGUUUCUUGACAAAUCUACGGGAAGAAAGACAACAAUUACCUGAUGCUUCUCAAAAUCUGGAAUAUAGACUCAUGCCACAGAGAAGCUUGCACAUUAAUGCAGUUUAUAUGCCGCAAAAUACAUGCAGGUACAGAAGUGCUAUUUAUGCACAAGAGUGGCUUGUAUAUUGGAUAUUACAAGACAAGAAACAUGAUGAUAAAGAUAGUAUGUAACUUAAAGGUUUCCUGUUUGAUUCUCCAUCAAUGCCGAGUUAGAUAAUGUCCUCCACGGUGGCUGUAAAUUAACACUGAUUGACUUUAGAGUCCUUGGGAUAGAGAGGGGCAAAAGCAGAUUGAGUGCCGUUCCUGAGCACUUGCUACUCUCUCUUGCAGUGUUGGUGGGCAUCAGCUGGGGAGAGCAGGAUCGAGCUGGACUGUGAUGCCUUCCCUCACUACCCAGCCCUCACAGUUCGACAACCUGCUGAGCCUCACUGCCCAGGCUCACAGAUGAAAACUAGUCAGUUGGCUGAGAUACCAGAGGAGAACAACGGUCCUUCAGUAGAGAAGGUGGCAAGAUUGCCAAAGAAAGAGAAAAUAUAUAUAUCUAUCAGUUGUGAGAAAGAGAUGAAAAUAUAGAGGUCUAUUUUGAAAUGUGCAAACAGGAGUAAAAUAGUGAAUAAUUUUGUGUUACAUAUGAUGCUGUAUAUGGGUGUGUCUUCCCUCAGUAAAUGAGGUUAACACUUGUGUAAUAGGCAUAUGGGGUACAGUUGAAUUUGUAUACUGUCUGUACAGGAAUAAGACUUUUCUUUGUAUGUUAUUGAAUAUAAUUGUAAAAUACAUUCAAGCAAUGAUAUUUUUUGAAAAUGUGUCACUUUGAUGGCUUUUCAUUGCACACAAAUCAAUCAGCCGUGCUUGCUGAUCAACACAUGGAAAUAAAGAAAUAUUUGCUU